AUGCAUUAUCUUAAGUUAACAAUGGAUUACAAUUAUAAAGUGUAACCAAAGAUCUAUUUAUUCUCUAAAAGAUUCUUUAAGGUGAACAAUAAUAAUCAAAUCAUGCUUUUUCAAAUAUUUAGCAUAUUGUUCAUUUCAGAAAAGAAUCUCUUAUGCAUACUAAUUAAUCCAAAAAAUCUUUCAUAUGUUUAAUAGUUUAAGACGCAAGUGUAUUCCACCAUUUUUCUUAUGCCUUAAAAGCUAAUGUCGGCAGAAAAUGCUAUUUGA